AUGUAUGUUCACGAGACAUGGCCAAAGUACAAAGAGUAUCUGGAGAUUGUGUUCGGUGUGCCUUAUGAGAAGUUCAGCAGGCAGGGACUAGAUUUUGAUAUGGAUAAUGACACGGACUUGUUCCAGUCUCGAGAUAUCGUAAUCACAAGAGCAUGUACAAUUGGCUACGAACCAUGUGUGAAAAUGGCGAGAGAAAAGUUUGAUGAAGUGAAAAAGAAUUGCUCGGGAGAGCACCAGUUUUUGAAUGGAAUGGGAUGUAAUAAAUUGCCCUACUACCUGCGUCCAAUUGUGUACGCCUCCGCAUUAAGACAUGGGGAUGAGGAGGACUUUGAUUUUUUGUUCAAAAAAUGGAAUAUGGAACAUUAUUUAUUGGAGAGAGACAGUAUAUUCACGGGACUUUGCAACACGAACUCGAGGACGAGGAGUGAUUUAGCCUGGAAAACGCUACUCAACAAUAGAGCCCGUGAAAACAUACUGGCCAGAGCUGGAACGUGCUCCAAACGGCUGAUAAAUGAUACGUUACUCCUUGACAUGUUUUAUGAGCAGCCCGAGUAUUUGAAGGAGUUAACGGAGACAGCUGAGGGACCAGUCUAUCAUAUUUUGACGUUGGUGUCUCGAAAUUUGAAUACGAGGAAGGAUAUUGAACGGUUCGACGAAAUCCUAAAACCCCACCCACAAUUCGCCAAGUACAUGGCUGGCGCCCGACAUCACGCCAUCGAUCGAAUCGGUUGGCGUCAUCGAGUGGCUCCAUAUUUCGGUGGAAAUGCUUCUGAAGCCGUUGUAGAGAUGAGGAGGCUUUCCUUAUCUGCUCUCUAA